GGUUAGGGGGCGCAAAUUACUUGCCUUGCCCCGGAUGCUGACAACCCACGCUACGCCACUGCAGGCCCCAAAAGAUGGUUGACCCCUGGGCUACUGCCUGCGCUGGGAAUUGACAGCUCAGCAGCCGAGUAAAACCCACAGCCAGACCAGGUUACCAACACAGCAUGGGACACAGGAGGCACAUUGCCAAGGACCCCCUCAUACCUGGAGUCAACCUGAAGUCCUGCCCUACACCAUAAUGUAAUAGUUUUAGGUUCAAUGUCUUGAGACAAGAACUAGUUCGCUAACUACCUCAGAAGCCAUUCCACAUCCUUCUUGGACUAGGGUCAUGGGAUAAAAACUUCUCUAUGUCAGGUUUUACCCCAUUAGUAGAGAUAACAUCUCCCCAAAAUGUCUGUUCAGUGAUCCCAAAAACACAAUGUUCUUUAUUUAGUUUAAUUUCCUGCUGCAUCUAAGACCUUCCCAAGUGUUAGAUCAUGUUCACCUUUGACAGAGUACUGCACAAUAUCAUCUACUGAAGUGUCAAUUCCAUCGGUGUGCUCAUAUAUCAUGUGUAUGGUUCUAUAGUACAUGUCAGCUGCUGAAGCAACAUCAAAUAGGUGUCACAGAAAGUAAUACCUCUCAAAGGGGUAUUGACUGUGAAGUGUUUGGGUUGUCCUCUGUGAGCAUUUGCAAAUUGUGCCAUGAUUUUCUCUCUAGUGGGGAGUUUGAAAUACUCAAUCUUGAUGGCCUUAAGGCUUCUGGCAUCACCCAUUCUGUGGGUUCCUCAAUCUUCUUUAUGACCUGUAAAAAACCCCAUUCUUGAGAACUUCUCUCUGAGUUUGUCACAAAGUGCAAAAUGCACUUUUCUGCACGGAUGGAUCUCUGAGGACAUUACCGUAUUUUUCUGUUUAUAAGAUGCCCCCAUCUAUAAGACGACCCCUAUUUUUUUUGAACCCCAAAUUAAGAAAUCAAUAUUUUAAACAUCAAACAGAACAACUUUGGUAUUUUAUUAACUAUUCAAAGCACCAGAACCAGCGUAGCAACGGAGGGGCCCCCACCAACACCUGAGAUUCACCAUCCAUGUAUAAGACGACUCCUAAUUUUGGACUAAAUUUUUAAAGGAAAAAACAUUGUCUAAUACAUGAAAAAAUAUGGUAGUUUGUUUAUUUAUUUGGAUAGUAUGUUCACCUGGUAAGUAGCCAAGUACUUCAAAUAUAUUUUGAUAACACAAAAUCAGUGUGUCAUAUUCCUGUUUUCCAUUGUCUUGCAUGGUCAGUUCCCAUUUAAUUAUGCUAAGUCUAUUUAGGAAUUAUAAUAAAUGGCAAGCUAUAUUCAGUGUCUUUGUAUCUGGUGCUGCCAAUAUGGUGUCCCUUUACUGGUAAUAGUCCAUUAGUUAAAUAAUUGUUGAAAGUAUUUUUCACCUAAAUUGGAGUCUUUCAUAAUCGCCGGACAACAUAUUAACCUGAGCACCCAUGUCUAGCUUAAAGGCUGACAUUGUUCCUUGCAUUUCCACUAGCUGAUUCCAGUCCUUCCAGCCAUGCUCCCUGCCCAAUUCUACUACACCCAUAUAAAACUAUUUCUUAUCAACCUGGAGUUUCAGAAAUUGUGAUAGGGGUGGUGUGUGCCAUGAAGUGGGAACUGCCUCCCUGCCCUCUGUGACCACCUACACCAGGGGUAGGCAACCUAAGGCCUGGGGGCCAGAUGCGGCCCAAUCGCCUUCUCAAUCUGACCCAUGGACGGUCCGGGAAUCAGCGUGUUUUUACAUGAGUAGAAUAGGAAUUCGUUCAUAUUUUUUUUUCCAAAAUAUACUCCGGCCCACCACAUGGUCUGACCGGUCCACGGCUAAAAAAGGUUGCUGACCCCUGGUUUAUUUCAACUCUUGCUUGCUCAUUCCUUUGGAACUGGCAGCUGGGGUGUUUAUUUCCACAUUUUGUAUCCAAUCUUUGCAUAAGCUUACAUCUAACAAAAAAGUGUCUUUUAAAAGUUGCAGAAUCACACUGGUAUUCAAAUGCAUCCUGCCUCCAAGCAGUUGCCAACAGUUCCAAACGACCAGUACCCUGGAGUUAUGAUUUGUGUUCUUCUGAGCGUUCAAAGCAAGCUGCAUUCUAACUGCCUCAGAACUCCAAGGAGCAGUUGCUACUGUGCUCCGACCAGCUUCACUCUUUUCAGGUCCUCUCCUAGAUCAGAUGCUGGAAGAGAAAGACCUGGAAGAAGCCGUCGCUCUGGAAAAAGACUGGUUGAAUAACUGAUUCACACAGGUGCAUAUAUGCAGCGCUCCUCAGUUCCCCACCAACAUAGCAGUGUCUUCUCAGAUAGGAACAAACUGGCUUUUAUUUCCUUUUGUCCUGUCUGAGAGCCACUUUUAGGCUUUUCACAAUGUGUGUGUGUGUGUGUGUGAGAGAGAGAGAGAGAGAGAGAGAGAGAGAGAAUGAGGACUAAAGCCAGAAAGGAUUCUUUCCUGAACAGGAGCUGUAUUGGUCUGUUGCACCAACUUUCUUUCAAGGGUAGAAUGCAUAACUUUGGUGGGAUCAUGCCUGACAUUUUACCAAUGGAGAGGGAAGGGAGGGGAGCAUAGGAAUGCAGAGGAGGAGUGGACUAGACAAGAGCCCAAUUAUCUGCAUGGAGGGGGUCCCUAGAACAAAAGGGGUUGUGCCGUUGUGCAAUUUCUUCACCCCUGGGGAAGUCUGAUUCCUGGCACAGGUACAGCAGACUUUUCCAUUCCUACAUCUCAAGGUGGGAAAUGCAGAAUUUGCCCUAGAAGGAUGGCAUUGUUUUAGCUGCACAUCACUAUUUGCUCAAACUUUCGGAGAUGUCCAUAUGAUACUGUGCCUAAGUAUCUAACGGUUAUCUUUUGUCUGUCUUUUUCUCCAGCAUGCCUUCUAUCGCCAGCCUUGCCAGCACUAAAGCGGAACUUCCACCCCAGGCGCAUGAUGGGUCCUUCCCAGUCCGCCUGCUGUGCAGGGUGUCCUGCGUGCAACUAGCUGCCUUUCUUCUGGCUGUCCUGGGCUGCCUAAUGAGCAUCUGCUCCACAUCUGCCAACCUUGACUGAAGAGUGUGGCAAGUAGACAGAAUCAUGGGCAGCAACCAGCAGGGCAUUGUGGGCAGUGGCAUCUGGGGUGCCUGUUCUGUAAGAAGAGUUACCAUGAAGAAAACCAACAUGAUAUGUAUACCAUUCAAUGAUGAGGAGUCCCUGCCAGCUGAAAUCAUCGUGGCCCAGGACUUGAUGCCAAUGGCCUCAGUGGCCACUGCGGUGACCGUUCUUUGCAUGGCCUUUGCUCUAUGCAACAUCUUUGAGCCAGGAAAAGACGAGAAUUUCAUUGAUACCUUCUUUUCAAUUGGAGCAAGGAUAGAGUUGGCAGCGGGUACUUGUGUACUGAUUUCCAUUUCAUGGAAUCUUCACUCUAUAUUAACAAAUGAAGGAAUUCCGCUUCCGGAGGUUUUGGGAGUGCCUCUGAUUCCCACAGAACAACGUGCUGGAAUGGCCAUCUAUGUUGGGUUUCUUGCUGCAGCUUCGCAGCUUUUAAGCGGAACUCUGGUUCUGGGUGAAAAAUAUUUUUGGAAAAUGAGUGAAAUAAACCCUUCCAGGCAAAAAUUUGUAAAUGACCCAGAAAGUGUUACAGACACUGAAAACCCAAAGUUGAGGAUGAAAUACAGACAGUACUUCUCUUCUGUGACACUGGAAUGUGAAGAAGAAAAACCCACUAUCUGGCGGAGAUGUCAAAGUCAUAUUAAAAUGGAAACCGUGCCAGGCUCACUAGCAAUAUGGCUAAGGAACGGUUCCCGUCCUGUGACUGGCUUUUUUUAAAUGGAAGCAGGGGACAUUGUGUAUAUUUAUUUUCUUAUGCAUAUUCUCUUGUUGUUUUUAACUGAAUGCUUCUGGGAUGCUUACAGCAUAGGGUUAACUAUAAAUAGGAGGAAUAAAUGAAAAGUAUAAAACUGUUAUAUUUAGAUAUUAAUUUAUGCUAUAUCUCUUUUAGCAAUAAAAAGAAUGUUAUCUCAUCGC